AUGGAAUAUCGUGUGCGAAAGCGUGACGCAAACGGCACCGGUCGAUUGCCGCGAUCGCUUGAAGAGGCAAUUCCAGAUGCCGUUGUACGCCGCUUUCUUCUGCGCGCAGGCUUCCGCUCCAGUUCGGAUCGAGCUAACACGGAGGUUCGGCGUCACGUAAACGAAUUUUUUCACCGCAUUGUGGGCUGCAUGGUGGUCAUGAUGCAGCACGACAGGCGUCGUAGCUUUCGCCUUAUUGAUGUAAAGCGAGCAUGCGAGCACUUUGGUAUCCGUAUGUAUGGAUACGAUGACAUGUGCUUAUUGGCGGCAAGACGCUUUUGCGGACCAGAGGUCUUCCACGUGACAGAGCUUGUAGAGUGCAACUCACUCUACAGUCGCCCAGCGGGAACUUUUAAUGAACCAGAUACAGAACCUGGUGCGCAGUUUCAUAAAACUGAUUUUUUGGCAAAUUACACAUCGUGGAAAGAAGAAACAGGGGAUAUAGAUGACAAUGUAAGCGAACUCAGCGAGUGGGAAUUUUCCGAUAGCGACUCUGAGUCUCAAGGAAGUCAAAACAUGGACACAGGCACCUCACAGUCUUCGCAGCCGGAUGAAGAAAAGUUCAUGACGUCACUGCAAGCUGCACAACAGUUGGUGGAUGAGAAGCUUCUGCUAAAUAAUGAAGAUGAAGAUGCAGACUUUCAGCCUGGCCAGGGGUACUACUCAGACUAUGAUGAUGGCUUCGAACCCAAUUACAUGAAGAAACAAAGAGCUUAUGAUAAAAACGAAGAAGCUUUAUGGAUCCAGGUUGGGGAGCUCUAUGUGCUGCAGAACGACAGAGACAGUGACAUUGUCGAAAUGCAGGACUUUGUUAGUGGUCCUAAUUUCUAUGUUAUUUCACGCCAGGAGUAUAUUAGACUUUUUCGGUCAUUAAUGAGUCUCACUCUUAACAUGGGCGAGCUGCAGAUCAGUUCAGUUGCGCUCAGCGCCUUGCAUAAUGCAACUGAGCAAUGUUUACACCGCUCUCUCACGGAAGGCUCACUGCGAUACCAACUUGCUGCUAUUUUAAUGGAACAAGAGCAAAUGAACUAUACGAACCAACUGGAAAAGGAACUUCAGAUUCAGCACGAGAAGGUAAAUGAGCUUUGUGAAAUCAUUGCUGUUAACAAAGCUGCUGUCAAGGCUAAAGAAUUAGCGAUGCAGCGACAGAUCGAUCAGCUCACAAAACAAAUAUCAAGCAUUCAAGAAACUCAUCUGAAUGAUUCUACCUCUAAAAAGUUGCUUAAAAAGCGGAAAACUGGCAGUGCGCUGCGCUCAAGGUGUCAGAAUCAGUUGGGCACGAAGAAGGCGAAGAUCAGUCUCGUUUAA